GCACAAGCAACGAUAUCAAUAGACAGCACUAAUCACAGCAUCCAUGAGAUACUUUUUGCGCCAGAAAAUUGUGUUUGGAAACGCAGUGAACCAACAUUUGCAGAAUAUGUGAUUUAUGCUUUUGUCGUCCCAGUGCUUUCCUGCUUCGGGUUAUGUGCAAACUUUAUCAAUGCUAUUGUUUUCAUGCGUCCCAAAAUGACACCAUCAGCAUUUACUUACCUUGCUGCACUCGGCUGGCUCGACUGUUUUUCUUGCAUACUCAUCUUGUUAACCGCGCUCUCGCGAAGCGUUUUCUACAACAGCAUUUUUUGGAUGAGGUACGAUUUCCAAUGGCAGACACCGCUAUUUAGUAUUAGCACCGGAGCGGCGAAUCUUUUACUUGCAAGCGUCAGCUGUGAUCGUUGGAUUUAUUUGAGGCAUGGAAUUGCAAACGGUGGUGGGCCACCUUGGUUUUGUCGUCGCAAAGUAGCUCGUCGUGUUAUUGGACUGGUCAUUGUUAUAUCUGUGAUUAUAAAUAUUCCAUAUUUUUUCGUUUUUGUAGUCAAUGACGACGGCACAUUUAAAGCACACAAAUUAUACUACACCACUUUUUAUAAAAUAAGUAAUUGGAGUUCUUUGACACUGUUAACACUUUUGCCCGCUAUAUUUCUUGUGGUCGGCAACAUCGCCAUCGUUAUAGCGUUUCGACGUUGGACCCAGCAAAGCAGAAAAUUUCAAAGGAAUGGAAAUGCCAACUCAAAAACAACACAAAAGCGUUAUCAUCACCAAAUGAAGUUAACUAUUACCAUUAUCAUUAUAAUUACACUUUAUAUGGUCGGGGAACUGCCGGCAGCGAUGACAUCACGCAAAAGUGCUUUGAAUUUGCUCUUCGGCGGCGAUGUAUCCCGCGUAAAUUUUAGUUUGAUCUGUCGUCUUGAGCUGAUUUGCUUAACCCUAAAUGCACUCCAGCUAAGCAUGAACAUACUGGUCUAUGCCAUUAUAAAUCCAUCGUUUAUACCUGAAUUUUUCGAUUGUCUGCGUGGUGCUUCCGAUGCUUGUUGCAGCAUACUUUGCUUAAUGCCACUAAUAAAGUGUGUACGCAGAAAUUGCUGCAGCACGAAAAAUGAUAAACAGCUAGACACAAACCGUGGGAUAGAGUGCGGUUUGGAACAUAAAACUGUUGAUAUCCGCAAAGAGUGUGAAUCUGAAUCGCAACGGGUUGAAGUGAGAAAGAGUGUGCGCGGAGGCAACGAAGGCAGAAGCGCUAGCGAAACUGGCAAUUGGGAUACUGAACCCGAAGAAGCUGCUGGUGUGUUUGGCUUCAACUUGUAUCGCAAUUGGCAGAACAGUGUAACAACGCGGCGCAAGCCAAAUCCUUAUCGCCAUAGCGGUCGACACAGCACACACGAGCAUGAAGUCUGGAGCACAGAAAUGGCUUGGAAGCGGUCCACUUCAUUUAGUGAGUAUGUAUUUGAUAAUCAGGUACUGCAAAUUGAUACUGUGAUCGAAGAAGUAACUCGUGCCAGAUUGGAAGAAAUUGAGAAGCAGGAGAAGAAGCAGUGCAAUGAAAUUAUAAUUUCGCUCCCUGUUUAAAUCAACAGGAAUGUACAAAAAAAAAAUCAAAAAUUAAUCACUGGUCAUAAAUAGAAUUAGGGAUAUACCUACAUAUUUUAAUUUAUUAUAAUAAGAAUACAACUGAUUCAAUAAAACACCUCAUUUUAACCCACUAUGUAUUUCAUUCUUGGAUCGUACAUCCUCCAAAGCCUGCCGAACGCGCUGUGGUGCAUCCUCAUCGUAUUCUUUCUUCGCUUUCAAAUUUGGUCUCACCAGGCUUGCACGAGGAUCGGGGGAUGCAGCACCAUUUUCCUCGCUCUUAGACUCAUUUGGUGCUGCUUGUGUGUCGAUUUUUUUAGGCACUUGUGCAGGUAGUUCUACUGUGUACUCAGUAUCUUCAUAAAUUACCGGGACGUAUACAGCAAGCAGGGUUUGCCAUUCCUUGUAGGCAAACUGGCGUGCCAAAUCCAUGUUGAAAUCGAAAAUUUGCAUUAUUGGAUCUUUGCGGGUUAAUUUCACUAUUUUUAUGCCAAUUGUAGCUUUGGAAUCUUCUGGCGAUCCAUAUUCAAACUUUUCUGAUGCAUCAAUAUUGUCCAUAGCCCAUUCUUCUUCCAAGUUGCUAUUAAACUUUUCCAUUGGUAUAACCCAGGCGUAGCAGAUAGUUGUAAGUAAAAUAGUUAGGCUUGAAAUUAUGAAAAAGACUUGAUAAUUAUUCAUUUUCGAUACUUUAGCGACUUUGGUGUCGUCUCUUGAACGUCCGCUAUGCAACUGACGUAGCUAAAUACUUAGUUUCCAACAGUUCUAACAAAAAUAUUUAUUACGUGGAGACUCGUAAUAAAAUAGAAAAAUAAACAAAAGCGUUUCAUUACGAACAAACGCAUAUACAUAUGUAUAAACCUUAAAAUGUGCAUAUAACUUAAAAACUAAAGUACUUUGGCUGUGAAGUACACUUGUGUACACAAAUACACAAAAAUAUGUUUAACACACGUGAUUCUAAGUCUAAGCCCUAAUUACCCAGCAUUUGAACCUUGAAAAAACAUUUCAAGUAAAUUGGGCAAACAAUUAAUUAAAAA